AUGAUCUGCUGUACUUGCUCUGAUCAUCUCUUUGACAUCACCACAAUCUUUCACAACAGCUUUGGAAACCCGGUAGCAGGAAGCUGGUGUCUGUGAGCUCUCUCACUUACAGAAGCUUCCUCCAUGUGUGUGCACGUCUGUCGCAUGACGUCUCUCUCUCCGGGCGAGAGCAGAACAGGAAGCAGCGGGGUGGAGAUCGGUGCACGCCGCUCUCUCUUCCUCUGCCACGUUCACUUUACACCGGCGUCUGAUUCCUGGCGGCGGAGGACAUCCUGGAUUUUGAUGAGGCAGGAGAAUCGCUCAGCGUUAGUGUGUGUAUGACAGUGUGUGUGUGUGUGUGAUAGGCGACAGAGGAAAGGAGGGGGCCCGGGCGUGACACCAGAGGGAGGCCCACCAUGGCCAGUGAGGACGCACUGGAGGAGCUGCCCGGGGAUCGAACAGUCGAUUCCCCCGGAGCCACUGAGCAGAGUGACGCUGAGUCACGGAGCGACCCAGGUGGGCUGUCGGUGCUGCAGCAGCUCGGCCUGGACCAGAACUCCGACUUCUCCGACUCCAGCGUGCAGCAGCGGCUGGACGAGCACCGCGAGAGGAUCCGCCGGGAGAUCCGCAAGGAGCUGAAGAUCAAGGAGGGUGCGGAGAACCUGCGCCGGGCCACCACCGACAAGAGGAACGCCCAGCAGGUGGACUCGCAGCUGCGCAGCUCCAAGCGGAAGCUGGAGUCGCUGCAGACUCAGCUGCAGGAGCUGGACGCACACAUCGUGGUGAAGGGCCCCGAUGACAACACAGAUUCCCCUCGGUCCCCGGGGUCGGUCAGUCGCACGUCGGCCUCCCAGCAUCGCAUCGCAGCUCUGGAGCGGCAGCUCAACAUCGAGCUGAAGGUCAAACAGGGGGCGGAGAACAUGAUUCCCAUCUAUUUGAAUGGAGGAACUAAGGACAAGAAGUUCCUCCAGACGGCUCAGCAGAUGCUGCAGGACAGCAAGACGAAGAUCGACAUCAUCCGCAUGCAGGUCCGGAAGGCCAUGCAGGCCACGGAGCAGUCGGAGGACAACCAGAGUAAGCCGGACAUGUGUGGGGUGGAGCUCCGUGUGGAGGAGCUGUGGCAUCACUACCGGGUGGACCACGCCAUGGCCGAGGGCGCCAAGAACAUGCUGCGGCUGCUGGGCGCCGGGAAGGUCCAGGACAAGAAGGCCAUGGCCGAGGCUCAGAGUGGUCUGAGCGAGUCGUCCCAGCGGCUCGACCUCCUCCGGUGUUCUCUGGAGCAGCGGCUGCAGGAGCUGCCGGAGGAUCAUCCCAAGGCCUGCCUCAUCAAGGAGGAGCUGGUGCUGGCGUCCUCCUCGGCCUUCAGCUCCCGUCACAGCACCCCCUACGUCCACAACCAGUACAGCACCCUGAUGAAGCCGUCGCCUCUCACAGGAACUCUUCAGGUGCACCUCCUGGGCGCGGUGGGGCUGCUGGAGGUCAUCCCCGGGCGCAGCAGAGGGAACCCGGUGGUUCUCCCCUCUCACUCUCUGGGAGACGGACGCUCCUCCUUCAAACUCAGUGGCCUCUACAGCCGCAGCACCAGCAGCAUGAGCCUCAAGAUCCCGGGCAAGACCGACGAGCUCUCCACGGAGGUGAGCGCGGUGCUGAAGCUGGAGAACACAGUGGUGGGUCAGUCAGCUUGGAGAACGGUUGGAGAACAGGCCUGGGAUCAGACCUUCAUUGUAGAGCUGGAGAGGUCCAGAGAGAUGGAGAUCGCUGUGUACUGGAGAGAUUAUCGCUCCCUGUGCGCUCUGAAGUACCUGAAGCUGGAAGACUUCCUGGACAACCAAAAACACACGGUUCAGCUGGAGCUGGAGCCUCAGGGGCUGCUGCUGGCCGAGGUGAUUUUCUUCAACCCAGUAAUAGAGCGAGGCCGACGGCUCCAGAGGCAGAAGAAGGUUUUCUCCAAACAACACGGCAAAGCCUUUCUGCGUGCUCGGCAGAUGAACGUGGACAUCGCCACCUGGGUCCGCCUGCUGAGGAACGCCAUCCCCAGUGGAAGCAACGCCCCGGCCUACACGCCCAGUUUCUCCAGCAACACACGAAGCACCGGAGAAAUCUCGGUGGAGAAGCUGAAUCUGGGCAGCGACUCGCCUCCCAAACCUGAGACCAGGGGAGACGUGGUGGACGCCCCCGCCGCCUCGGAACAGGUCAUCGAGGCCCCGCCCACACAGGAUGUCCCUGUGAACGAGCAGCGGACCAGAUCGCUGUCGCAGAAUUCUUUACGCAGAGCGAGCAGAGGCCCGGUGAGCCUGCAGGACUUCAAGCUGAUGGCUGUGCUCGGCAGGGGACACUUUGGAAAGGUGCUGCUGUCGGAGUACAGACGGAGCAGCGGCCUCUACGCCAUCAAAGCCCUGAAGAAGGGAGACAUCGUUGCUCGGGACGAGGUUGAAAGUCUGAUGUGUGAGAAGCGGAUCUUCGAGGCCGUGAACGGCUCGCACCAUCCCUUCCUGGUCAACCUGUUUGCAUGUUUCCAGACUCCAGAACAUGUUUGUUUUGUCAUGGAGUACACGGCAGGAGGAGACCUCAUGAUGCACAUACAUGCUGACGUCUUUUCUGAGCCGCGUGCUGUGUUCUACUCGGCCUGUGUGGUGUUGGGUCUUCAGUUCCUUCACGACCAUAAGAUUGUGUAUCGGGACCUGAAGCUGGACAACCUGCUGCUGGACACAGAGGGGUUCGUGAAGAUCGCAGACUUUGGACUCUGCAAAGAAGGUAUGGGAUUUGGGGACAGGACCAGCACCUUCUGUGGGACCCCUGAGUUUCUGGCCCCUGAGGUGCUGACGGACACGUCGUACACCAGAGCAGUGGACUGGUGGGGCCUCGGGGUGCUGGUCUACGAGAUGCUGGUUGGAGAGUCUCCGUUCCCAGGUGACGAUGAGGAGGAGGUGUUCGACAGCAUAGUGAACGAUGAAGUGCGCUACCCUCGCUUCCUCUCCACCGAGGCCAUCGGCAUCAUGAGACGGUUGUUGAGGAGGAAUCCUGAGAGGCGUCUGGGCUCCGGAGAAAAAGAUGCUGAGGACGUGAAGAAACAACCUUUCUUCAGGGGUCUGGACUGGGACGCUCUUCUCCAGAGGAAAGUCCCGCCGCCCUUCGUCCCGUCCAUCGCGGGAAAAGAAGACGUCAGCAAUUUCGACGCAGAGUUCACGGCCGAGCCUCCGACCCUCACGCCGCCCAGGGAGCGCCGCACGCUGUCCCGCAAGGAACAGGACUUCUUCAAGGACUUUGAUUACAUCUCCGACCUCUGUUAGGUUCAGGGGUCAGGGGUCAGGGGCCCACAGACUCUGAGAGGAGACGUGAAGGCCGACUCUGUGGAGAGGAGCUGGAUGGCGGCGAGGAACCCUCCUCUCUCUCUCUCUCUUUCUCUCUCUCUCUGUCUCUCUCUCUCUCUCUCUCUCUCUCUCUCUCUCUCUGUCUCUCUCUCUCUCUCUCUCUCUCUGUCUGUGUUUGCGAGGGGAUGGAGGACGGGACGGAGGACGGGACGGAGGACGGGAUGGAGGACGGGACGGAGGCCGGGCGCCUGUGAUCGAGGAUCAGUGGAGUCUGAUCCUGUGUCGCACACAUUCGCGGUGUCACGGAUCUGCUGACCUCCAGAUUAUCUGGAGUGGCUUUUAGAGGAGGAGGAGGAAGUCGCGAUGAUGACAGGAGAUAAUCCAGAUUAUGUAAAAAAAAAAAAAAGGAAGAUGAGAUGAUGGACGCUGCGACACGGUGGAGAAGUGAUUGUACUGAAACGCUUCACGAGCCUCGGUAUCACACAAGGAUUCUGACAGGAAGCAGUUUGUGUCUUUCCCUUUGUCCCCUUGUCCCCUUCUCUCUGCUGUGUGUUGCUGCUCAGUGUGUCUCGCUGUGUCCUCGUCUCCGUCAUGCAUCGCCUGGUCCUGAGCACACGGGGGAGCCAGAGGACAGAGAGGCGCUUCCUGUGUGGGUUCACGUUUGUGCGUCUGGAUCUCGUCUCUUUCUGUCUUUCAGCACAACACUGAUUUUUAAACAGUUACAUUUUUCAAUGACAACAAGCUUUUACAGAUUUCUUUCUGUUUUGUGAUGUUUUUUUUGUUUUUGUUUUGUCCCUCGUCUGUUUUCUCCAUCUGUCAUUUGCUGGUGAAACGUGUUGGAACUGUGACUCAGUAAAGAUGUGAAACCAACA